GUAUUGAAACAAAGAAAAGCAAUGGCCUUUGUGCACUUUGGCUGCACUUCUUGUUCUCUUUCCUUCCCCGAUCCUCGCCGUCUCCAUCACUCCCCCUUCCCUCCCACUCUCUCCCACCACCCCAAUCCCAAUCCCAUCUCCAUCAGCCAUUUCCCCUCCCAAUCCCUCACCAAAACCAUGGCUUUGAAUAUCUCUUCCUCUGAUUCUCAAACCACACGCAAAGAGGAGAUCAAUCUCUCUUCUUCUGAUCUCCUUCCUGAUUUGAUCUAUGAGGCUCUUGUUUGGAGUUCCCUUCAUGGCCUUGUCGUUGGGGAUAAGAGCAUCCAGAGAUCGGGUACUGUUCCUGGGGUGGGACUCGUCCAUGCACCCUUUGCUUUAUUGCCUAUGUCGUUCCCCAAAGGUCUGUGGAGACAGGCGUGUGAAUUGGCUCCCAUUUUCAAUGAGCUCGUGGAUCGUGUCAGUUUGGAUGGCAAGUUCUUGCAGGAGUCAUUGUCCAGAACAAAGAAGGUUGAUGCUUUUACUGCCAGACUCUUAGACAUUCAUUCAAAGAUGCUCGAAAUGAAUAAGACAGAGGAUAUUCGUUUGGGCUUGCACCGGUCGGAUUACAUGUUGGAUUCUGAAACUGGACUGCUUUACCAAAUAGAGCUGAACACUAUUUCAUCUUCAUUUCCUGGCCUCAGUUGUCUUGUUGGUGAUCUUCAUAGGAAUUUACUUAGCCACCAUGGGAAGCACCUAGGGUUAGAUUCAAGAAGAGUUCCUGGAAACAUGGCUGUUAGUCGAUUUGCAGAGGCCUUGGCUAAAGCAUGGAAGGAGUACAACAAUCCUAGUGCUGUUGUUUUGGUUGUUGUUCAACCUGAAGAACGUAAUAUGUACGACCAACAUUGGCUGUGUGCUGUACUGAGGGAGAUGCAUGAUGUGGCAACCAUUCGCAAAACUUUGUCAGAGAUUGAUGCGGAAGGGCAAGUUCUUCCUAAUGGAUCACUUGUCAUAGGUGGCCAAGCAGUUGCAGUUGUUUAUUUUAGAGCUGGUUAUUCACCAAACGAUUAUCCUUCAGAAUCAGAAUGGAGAGCAAGGCUUAUGAUGGAACAAUCUGUGGCAAUUAAGUGCCCCUCUAUAUCUUACCAUUUAGUGGGCACAAAGAAGAUCCAGCAAGAAUUAGCAAAACCCAAUGUCCUUGAAAGGUUUCUUGAAAAUAAAGAUGAUAUUGCAAAAUUACAGAAAUCCUUCGCCGGUUUGUGGAGUCUUGAUAACUCAGACAUUGUCGAAAGUGCCAUGGAGAGACCUGAAUUAUAUGUUCUCAAACCCCAAAGAGAAGGGGGAGGGAACAAUAUUUACGGUGAUGAUGUGCGGGAAACUUUGAUUAAACUAAAAAAUGAAGGCGGAGAUGAUUAUGCUGCGUACAUUUUAAUGCAACGGAUUUUUCCCAAGGCUGCUCUUGCUUAUCUAGUUCGAGACGGUAUUUGUCAUCAAGACAAUGCUAUUUCAGAGCUCGGUGUUUAUGGAGCUUAUCUCAGGAACAAAGAUAAUGUGAUCAUGAAUGAUCAGUGUGGUUACUUGAUGCGAACCAAAGUUUCGUCUUCGAACGAGGGUGGUGUUGCAGCAGGCUUUGCAGUUCUUGACAGUAUUUAUCUAACCUAAUGGUGCCAUUUUUCUUCCCCCACUUGAGGUAACCUUCAAAAGAACAAAUGUAUCUUUCAUUGAAUGUGCAUUAUGAUGUGUUUGAUUUAAGAAUAUGAGCGGAUUGAAAAAGAAUAAUAAGAUUGUUAACUAUUGGCAUUUCCCUUCCA